GUAAUCAUUUUUAUAUAGUCCCUCAGCCUGGACAAGACUAAUGGAAAAGAUGCAUGCAAAGAAUCACAUUGUCUGGCUCACAUACACGAUGGCUGUUGCCAUCUCUGUAUCUUUCACUUUCAACAUUGAUACGACAACCCCCCACAUCUAUACAACAGAACAAAAAGAUUUCUUUGGAAACAAGAUGCUUCAAAUCAUGUUUGGCAAGAACAAAGGUCUCAAUCGUUGUGGAAGUGGGUGCACAUGCAGAGGCCCAAUUUCUACUUCCACAGUUAGCCAUAAAUGGAUGUCGAAAUGCCCUUAAUCACACGUCUGCAUAUCAAUACAGUGAUACUUGUCACAGCAUCCCAGCAGCUAAAUGGAUCUGAUGAAAUAUGCAAAUCUGACCAUAUCCAAACCCACCAGUGCCUCAUUAUUCCAGACAUUUCUCUCACAAACAAAACAAUACCCAUCAAGCACAUUGGACUGUCGAUAGCUGAAGACGCCACACACUCCCAAUUCACUGUUUGCAGUCCAAAUGUAGUCCAUGAAUGUUAUGAGAACUCCUAUCUGAACAACGUGUGUUACGAAAUCUCCUCUUUCAAACCUGCUUUCCAAGAAUGCCCAAAAAAGACAGUGGACCUUGUCUUUCUAUUUGAUGGAUCAGCGAGUAUGACCAAAGCAGAGUUCAACAAAAAUAAAGAUUUCAUAGUGGAUAUAAUGGCCAGCCUUACAAACACAUCAAUCAAGUUUUCAGCAGUUCAGUUCUCAGAAGAUCUAAGUAAAGUUUUUGACUUCAAUGACUAUCAAGAGGGUAGAGCUCUCAACAAUCUUAAGAAAGAACACCAUAUGAGGAGUCUCACCAACACACACAAUGCCCUCAGAUUUGUGCUGGAAGAAAUCUUAGAAAACCCAGGGGCAGGUGCCUCUCCUGAUGCAACUAAAGUUCUGGUACUAAUCACAAAUGGAGAUCCCAGUGAUACAGACAGAGAUGGGAUUAUUAAAAGAUAUAAUGACAAAAACAUCAUUUGCUUUGUCAUUGGGGUCAGAGAUGCUGAGCUGGAUAGAGUGAAGGCCAUUGCUUCAGAACCUACAGACAAAUAUGUCUUCAAAAUUGAGAACUAUGACGGACUCACAGGAAUACUGGAAAACUUUCAGAAACAGAUGUGUAACAUGGAAGGCUCCAAAGUGGCUCGGUCCAGAGAAAUGCCUCAGGGUGGAUUCAGUGCUGUCUUGAGUAAGGUUUGCAGUCCAAGUGUAGUCCAUGAAUGUUACGAGAACUCCUAUCUGAACAGCGUGUGUUACAAGAUCUCAGAUCAUCCUCAAGAAAUCUCCUCUUUCAAACCUGCUUUCCAAGACUGCACAAAAAAGACAGUGGACCUUGUCUUUCUAUUUGAUGGAUCAGUGAGUAUGACCGAAGCAGAGUUCAACAAAAAUAAAGAUUUCAUAGUGGAUAUAAUGAAAAGCCUUAACGACACGUCAAUCAAGUUUGCAGCAGUUCAGUUCUCCUUAGACUGCAGGAAAGUUUUUGACUUCAGUGACUAUCAAGCUGGUAGAGCGCUCAAUAAACUUAAGAAAGAAGUCCAUAUGAGGAGUCUCACCAACACACACAGAGCCCUCAAAUUUGUGUUGGAAGAAAUCUUAGAAAACUCAGGUGCAGGUGCCUCUCCUGAUGCAACUAAAGUUCUGGUACUAAUCACAGAUGGAGAUCCCAGUGAUGCAGACAGAGAUGAUAUUAUUAAAAGAUAUAAUGACAAAAACAUCAUUCGCUUUGUCAUUGGGGUCAGAGAUGCUACAUUGGAUAAAUUUACAGCCAUUGCUUCAGAUCCAACAGACAAAUAUGCCUUCAAAAUUGAGAACUAUGACGGACUCACAGGAAUACUGGAAAACUUUCAAAUAAAGAUCUUUAACAUGGAAGGUACCAAAGUGGCUCGGGCAGAAGAAAUGACUAAUGAAAUGUCUCAGAGUGGAUUCAGUGCUGUCUUCUACAAGGAUACCUUGAUCCUGGGUUCAGUGGGAUCAAACAGCUGGCGUGGUUCUUUCCAAGACCUUCAUGAACAAAACAAACACAAAAAAGAUCCACACAUGCAGAUGGACUCCUACAUGGGAUACUCCAUUUCUGUUGGAGAGAAGAAUAAAGCUCCUCUGUAUUUCACGGGUGCACCAAGAUUUGAGCAUGUGGGACAGGUCAUACUUUUCACACAAGAUUCUAAGAACUGGACCGCAGCCCAAAGAAUAAAUGGGGAUCAGACUGGUUCCUACUUUGGUGCCGAGCUGUGCUCAGUAGAUGUCAACUCAGAUGGCAACACUGACUUCCUGCUGGUAGGAGCUCCACUGUUUUACCAGCCUCAGGAGAAGAGAAAAGGACAGAUCUACGUCUUUACACUGACUGAUGAGAUGCAACUGAAAAGUGAACUGAAUGUGACUGCACCAUCUAUGGGGAGAUUUGGCACCACCAUAUCCAGUCUUGCAGAUCUGAAUGGAGAUGGACUCCGAGACGUCGCUGUUGGAGCCCCCUUUGAGGAUGAUAACAGGGGGGCUGUGUACAUCUACCUUGGUGACAGAGACAGAGGGAUAUGCAGCUAUUUCAGCCAGAGAAUCAUGGGACAGAAAAUAAAACCUGAGCUGAGAUUCUUUGGACAGGCCAUUGAUGGGGACAUCGACCUCGGAGAGGACGGACUCCCAGAUAUUGUGGUCGGAUCACAGGGCAUGGCUGUUGUCUUGAGGUCCAGGCCAGUCUUUAAUGUCUUGGCUCAUCUGUCUUUUCAACCUGAGAACAUAAGCACUGAUAAAAUUGUCUGCCCGGGCACAGAUGAAAAUUUACCAUUGGUUACCUUAACAGCCUGCUUUGAAAUGGUAGAAACAACAAAGAGCAAAGAAGGGGCAAUGAACUCAGGACUAAACAUCUCGUACACGCUCGACGUGGAUCCGAUGAGACAAACACAUCGAGCUUUCUUCAGUCCAACUGAUAAGACAGCUAGGAAUCUUACUUCUACCUUAGAGCUGAGGGAUAAAGACACCUGCUUCAACUGCUCCAUCUACAUGCCAAAAUGUGUGGAUGACACAUCAUCACCGAUCAGCAUCAGACUAAACUUCUUCCAAGUUGACAGUGAGAGAGCGAGUGCCGUCCUGAACGUGGACAGCAAAAGGCAGGCUGUUGCUGAGGUUCCCUUUCAGAACUGAACUUGAGAUGGAUUUCAAGUAUGCACAUCUGAGAAACAGCAAGAAAGAAGCGUGCAUCAAGACAAGAACUGAAAUUAAUCAGCAAAACCAUAAUUGUAUUUAAAAAUGAAGUGAAAAUAAUGAGUAUAUUGCUAUUCCACCGUACUGAUCUAGGCAAUUGUUUGUGUAUUCCUACAUAUACAGUACAAUACACGCUCCUGUCUCACAUGUUGAGGCCACUCACUACUUACAACAUAUUCAUGUCAACAAAUUGUAAUCAUGUAUAAUCAGUGUAUAUCACUAACGUUCCAAUAUAUAUGCAUAUUUUGUGGUGUAGUGUUGAUGAAAUGUACUCAUUUGCCAUUGUCCAAGUUGUAACUUCUGUACUGUACAAUAGAUGGCAUCAAAAGGACAA